AUGUUGGCAAGAUAUUCUCUUUUAGUAAGCCACUGUGAAGCAAAGAAACAUAAGGCAUCAACUCUACAGCGAAUGAUUCCUCUUACCAAUUUUAUUAAAAACAAAAAUGAUAAGACGUCUAUGCCUGAAGUAAAUUUACCAAUGUUUAUUUGUUGCCACACGUCAUUUAAUAGCUGUGAUCAUUUAAUAGAGUUAUGUAAGAAUUAUACAUCUGAUAGUGAUAGUAUAUCCAAAGUGAAGUUGCAUCGUGCAAAAUGUGCAAAUAAUGUGAGAAAUGUUCUAGCUCCAUAUUUCGAUGAAAGUUUUAUUUCUGAUAUAGGAAAUAGAACAUUUAGCUUGUUAUUAGAUAAAUCCAAUGAUAUAUUGAUAAACAAGUUGUUAAGAAUUGUUAUCAUAUAUUAUAGUAACACUCACACAAAAGUGGUACAUACAUAUCUCAGUAUGGUAUCUUUACAAACACGUGAUGCAGAUGCCAUUGUCGAUGCCUUAAAAUGA